AUGUCGUCCAACAACGCAAAUAACAUCAAGGUUGUUGCCCGCUUCCGACCCCAGAACAGGGUCGAGAUCGAGGCCGGCGGCCAGCCCGUCGUUCGCUUCGAGGGUCAGGACACCUGCAUCAUCGAUUCCGAAAAUGCCCAAGGCACUUUUACCUUCGACCGCGUCUUCGACAUGGGCGCGAAGCAGGCCGACAUCUUCAACUACUCCAUCAAGUCCACGGUCGACGAUAUCCUUAAUGGCUACAACGGCACCGUCUUUGCCUACGGCCAGACCGGAGCCGGCAAGUCCUACACCAUGAUGGGCUCCAGUAUAGACGAUGAGGAGGGCAAGGGCGUCAUCCCCAGGAUUGUCGAGCAGAUCUUUGCCAGCAUCCUGUCCAGUCCUGCCAACAUCGAGUACACCGUCCGCGUCAGCUACAUGGAAAUCUACAUGGAGCGCAUCCGUGACCUGCUGGCCCCGCACAAUGACAAUCUGCCCGUUCACGAAGAGAAGAGCCGCGGUGUCUAUGUCAAGGGCCUGCUGGAGAUCUACGUUUCGAGCGUGCAGGAGGUCUUUGAGGUCAUGCGGAGAGGUGGUCAGGCCAGGGCUGUCGCCGCAACCAACAUGAACCAGGAGUCGUCGCGCUCGCACUCCAUCUUCGUAAUCACCAUCACCCAGAAGAACGUCGAGACCGGCUCAGCCAAGAGCGGCCAGCUGUUCCUGGUCGACCUGGCCGGCAGCGAAAAGGUCGGCAAGACGGGCGCCAGCGGCCAGACGCUCGAGGAGGCCAAGAAGAUCAACAAGAGCUUGUCUGCUCUGGGCAUGGUCAUCAACGCCCUGACGGACGGGAAGUCGACCCACGUCCCGUAUCGAGACUCUAAGCUUACGCGUAUCCUCCAAGAGUCGCUGGGUGGCAACAGUCGGACGACGCUCAUCAUUAACUGCUCGCCCAGCAGUUACAAUGACGUCGAAACCCUCAGCACCCUGCGCUUCGGCAUGCGUGCCAAGACCAUCAAGAACAAGGCCAAGGUCAACGCCGAGCUCAGCCCGGCCGAGCUCAAGUCCAUGCUUGCCAAGGCCAAGACCCAGAUCACCACCUUCGAGAACUAUAUUGCCAGUCUGGAGGGCGAGGUGCAGCUCUGGCGCUCCGGCGAGACCGUUCCCAAGGAGAAAUGGGUCCCUCCUCUGGCAGAGUUCACGACCGCCGCCAAGGUCGACUCUUCCAGAACGGCCAGGCCCUCGACGCCGUCCCGGUUACUGCCUGAUAGGUCUGGUGCCGAGACGCCUACCAUCUCCGAGAGAGCCGGCACGCCGGUUCUGCCGCUGGAAAAGGACGAACGCGAGGAGUUCUUACGGCGGGAGAACGAGCUCCAGGACCAGCUGGCCGAGAAGGAGACCCAGGCGGCUACCCUGGAAAAGCAGCUCCGCGAAACCAAGGAAGAGCUUGCUGCCUUGAAGGAGCACGACGCGAAGCUCGGCAAGGACAACGAGCGCUUGAUCAGCGAGUGCAAUGAAAUCCGGAUGCAGCUGGAGAGGUUAGCUUUCGAGAACAAGGAAGCCCAGAUCACCAUGGAUGGGCUCAAAGACGCCAAUGCCGAGCUUACGGCAGAGUUGGACGAGCUCAAGCAACAGAUGCUCGACAUGAAGAUGAGCGCCAAGGAGACAAGUGCGGCGCUGGAUGAGAAGGAGAAGAAGAAGGCCGAGAAGAUGGCUAAGAUGCUGGCCGGGUUUGACCUCAGCGGCGACGUGUUCAGCGAGAACGAGCGCGCGGUUGCCGACGCCAUUGCCAAGGUGGAUUCUCUGUACGAAAUCAGCAACACGGGCGACCCGAUCCCGCCUGACGAGCUUAAGACGCUGCGGGAGAAGCUCGUCCAGACGCAGGGGAUCGUGCGGCAGGCCGAGCUGCAGGCUUUCAGCGUCGCGUCCAACGAAGCAGCCGCUCGUACACGCGCCGAGCUCGAGGAGAGACUGGCGACGCUGCAGCAGGAGCACGAGGAGCUGCUCUCACGUAACCUCAGCGAGGCAGACAAGGAAGAGGUUAAGGCUCUGUUGGCCAAGACGCUGUCGGACAAGUCGAGUACGCAGGAGAAGCUGGUCGAGGAGCUGCGUGCAGACCUGGCAGCCCGCACGGCUGAAAACGAGCGGCUCAAGACACAGGUGGAAGAGCUGCAGCGGCGGAUCAAGGCCGGCGCUGGCGCGAUGCCGCUCAUCAACGGAAAGACAGUGCAGCAACAGCUGGCCGAGUUCGAUGCCAUGAAGAAGUCGUUGAUGCGCGACCUGCAGAACCGGUGCGAGCGUGUCGUCGAGCUCGAGAUUUCUCUCGAUGAGACCCGCGAGCAGUACAAUAACGUACUGCGCAGCAGCAACAGCCGCGCGCAGCAGAAGAAGAUGGCCUUCCUCGAGCGCAAUCUCGAGCAGCUCACGCAGGUCCAGCGUCAGUUGGUCGAGCAGAACUCGGCCCUCAAGAAGGAGGUGGCCAUCGCCGAGCGCAAGCUCAUUGCCCGCAACGAGCGCAUCCAGUCGCUGGAGUCCCUGCUUCAGGAGAGCCAGGAGAAGCUGGCCCAAGCCAAUCACAAAUUCGAAGUCCAACUUGCAGCCGUCAAGGAGCGUCUCGAAGCCGCGAAGGCGGGCUCCACCCGCGGUCUCGGCUCGCCUUUUGCCGCCACCACAACCACCUCUUCAUCGGGCGGAGGAGGUUUUGGCUUCAGCAUCGGAAGCCGCAUCGCCAAGCCGCUCCGCGGUGGUGGCGGAGACCCUACCGUCCACCCGACCGUCGCCACCAUCCAGCAACAGACCCCCGUCGAGAAUAAGAGAUCGAGCUGGUUCUUUCAGAAGUCGUAG